AUGGAAAGAAUCAGCUCCUUCUUCAGCUCUAUCUGGGACACCAUCUUGGUCAAACACCAAGAGGGCAUCUACAACACCAUCUGCCUGGCAGUUCUUCUGGGGCUGCCGCUGCUGGUGGUCAUCACGCUCCUCUUCAUCUGUUGCCACUGCUGCUGGAGCCACCUGGGCAGGGGCGGCCAGCAGCCAGAGCGGAACAAGAGGAAGAAAAAAAAGAAGGAUGAAGACCUCUGGAUCUCUGCUCAGCCCAAGCUUCUCCAGAUGGAGAAGAGGCCAUCCCUGCCUGUCUAGUUAGGCAGGAAGCAGAAGUGUCUCCCCUCUGGGCCUAAGCAUUCUGGC